CUAGGCUGAAGAUUUCAGGCAGCAAACUACCAGAAUCCGGGAAAGAACCAGCUCUACUUUCUCUCUAAUAUCUCUGGAGCAACCUGAAGACAGGAGCUUGGCCUCAAGAAGACAAAAGCACCAGGAGACAGGAAGCCACCUCUGAAAGUUAACCUUCAGGAUCAGCAUUCCUGACUGCAGCUGUGCCAUGGACACAGAAGAGUCUAUCUCUAAUGAGCUCCUGCUGAGAGGCAAAAAUGGGCAAGAUCUCCAAGAGAUGUUGAGAGAAGCAGGAUUGGCAGUUGAGUACUGGUUGCCCAAGCUGCAGGAACACCUGAAUGUGACCUGUGCCCAAGCCUUACAACACCUAGGAGAAAAAGAACUCCAGAAGCUGCAAUCCCAGGCACAACAUCCCUGGGAGAAAAGGGCCCUGGAGAAGCUGUUUAACCUGUCAUACUCAAAUAAUCUUUCAGAGUUACAGGAGUGUCAGGUGGAAACACUAAAGAAAAGGCAUAAGCAGGCAGAACAGUCACUGGAGGAGCUAAGAGAGAUGCUGGCAGAACGCAGGCAGCGACAGGAAGAGGCAGUGACGAAAAAGGAAGCAGAGCUGAUGCAGGCAAUGGAGAUCCUCCCAGAGUUCUGGCCACGUCCCGAAAAGUCCCUAAGAGACAUCACAGAAAACAUGCUGGGACAACUCAAACUUAUGGAGGGGACACUGUCUCACAGGAAGAACCUUCCAGAUAGAGAGCUGGUGCGACAUGCAUCUGGAGGACUAGCCCUUCAGGGAAUUUACAAAACCAGUAAUCAAAGGAGCCUGAUAGAGAAGAAAGAGGAGCUACUCAGUGUCCCCAAGGAGUUCUCACUCUGUGGCCCUGAGCAGAGUACACGGAUGGAAACAAAGGAAUUUACAUCUUCUCAAAAAGAAUCCAUGUUCACCCAGGCUGUAGAGAAGCUGGGCUUCAGUGUAACUGCCUCAGCAAAGGGUGGAGGUUGGGGAUUUAGCCUGGAAGCUGCUAUGAAUCAGAGCAAACAUUCAGAAUCCAAGGAAACCCAACAGUCACAUUCUAAGCACUCUUACUUCUGCUCAACCAAGUUCAGCUACAUACCACUGGCCUCCUGCCACUUUCCCAUUGACCAGCUCCAGUUCUCCAAGGCUGCUCUACAGGAAUUGAAAUGCAUUGAAGACCUUUCAGGUCAGCCAGAAGACCCAGACAAACUUCCCUUGCUGAGGCACAGGACUGAAGCCUUCUUCCAAAGGUUUGGCUCUCAUGCUAACCAGGGCCCUCUGCACCUGGGAGGAAUCUACUGGUGGAAAGCCAUUUCAGAGGGCUUCCAAAGUGAGCAGCUGGCAGAAGUGAAACAGCAAGCUGCAGAGGCCCUGGAUAUUUACAUAAGGGGCAGCUACAGUGGCUUUGGAGUGAAUGUUGCUGCAGGUGUGGAUGUGUCAGACUCUCAUUCAAAGACAGCCUCUCAGAGAACCACCUUCCAAAAUCUCCAAACCAAAGUCCAAUUAUCUGUGGCCCAGACAGGUGGCCCACCAGAAGCAAAUGGCCUUUCACAGUGGAAAGCUGGCCUAGUUGCCAAUAAUCAAACCUGGUGUGUCAUUGACCGGGGAAUUCAGCUGGUGCCCGUUUGGGACAUCAUCCUCACCAGCCACCGAAGCGAUUUUAAGGAUCCUCAUCAGGUAGCUAACUACCUGAAAGACAGCUACACUGCUCUGACUGGUCUUACUGCCCAGAUCCAGGAGGGAGAAGAAUUACUGAGUGUUGAGAAGGAGGCUAGGCUUUUCCUAGAGGAUGUGAAAUCCUGGGAGGUAUCUGAUCCUGAAGAGCAGCUUAAAAAGCUGAUAAAUUUCAUGCAAAGAUUGAGUGAAAAAAAAAAAAGUUAUAACGCUUGGACUAAUAUAUGCCUCACAGAUAGGGGUCUGCAGAAUUUUCUGGUAGACACUGUCAACUCCUGCAAAAAGUAUUCCAUUUAUGAAACUAGAUUUAUUAAAUUGCAGCUGUGCAGCCUUUUGGAUCCUCACAUCUACAAAGUGACAAACUUUCCUCAGGCUCAUUCCAUCAUGCAGUGGAUAUUUCAGUCAGAACCAAAGGAAGAGAAUGUCAAUAUCACCCAAUUUUCUGAAUUAAUUAAAAUCUUUAAAAAAAACCAGAAUGACCUUAUAGAAGUAAAGGCCAAGUCUGAAUCUACAGAAUCAGUGGAGGAAGCUCAAAGGAAGGUGACUUACGAGGUCAGCUUGUCUCUUGGCUGCUUCUUGAGAUACCUCCAAGAAACGGGGCAGCCAGACACACACAUCUUGCUACUUUUGAUUGCAGCUGGUGCAGGAUAUCAUGUGGUAAACAAUACAUUUCAGUAUGUCCUUGGAUGUGAUGAGUUAGACUUCCUAAUGGAUAAAAUGCAAACUGCCCUAGAUAAAUAUCAAGAGCUCAAAAAUAUUUGCAACUACAAGGCUCAGGCAUUCCUGGUGCUCACAGGUCUGACAGCUACACUUGGCAUCAAAGUUGCUUCUCCAGAGGAGAAAACAGAACGCUUGGCAUUAGUAAGACAUCACAUGGGACAAUCUUUGUCUAAAGAAGUUGUACAUGUCCUCACCAAACUUGGGGCAGAUCAUGAUUGGGAAAACCUAGAAAAAGACUUGAGAUUGCUCAUUGAUGGGGAUUAUGAGGGCACUGUCUCUUCAUUGCAAAUGGAGGAUGUGAAAAAACAAUUGCAAAGUCUCUUCCAUGGAAAGAAACAGUCCCAUGAACCACAUGAUAAUGAAAGUAACAAACGGGAGGUCAUAGAAAACACAGCCUUCCUAGAAAUACUCCAGCGUCUAGGCCUGGAACAUUACUACCCAAAAAGGAUGAGCAGAGCUAACUUCCAUGUGAUCUACAAGAAUCCUGUGUACAACACCCAGCCCUGCUCUGAAAGAGAGCUUCCCUUCUAUUUCCUACAGAAGCUACUGAUGUUGGAUUAUGGGCUGAGAUACCUGAUCAUCAAGGAUGAUGAACACACAGAGAAGCAAGUCUACCUAAGCACCUCAAAUCAAGAAAAGGAGGCUUUUGAUCCAUAUGAAGAUCUGUUUGAAGACAGUAAUAGCACCACUAAUCCUUCAGCAGCCACUAAUGCCAGGCCCUACAUUCACCCUAUGGAUAUACAGAUGGCAAUACUUCACUGUGCAGAUGAUUUUGCCAGACAAUACAUUUUGGCCAAACUUUCCAUCUGUCAGUUUGCCCUCCCCCUUCUCAUACCUAAUCCUUGCAAUGCUCAAAUUGAAUUCUCUCUCUGGUCUCUCAGUCAAAUUAGGAGGAGCUGGCAGCAAGCAGGGAAAUCAAUAAAAGAGGAGAAGGACAAUUACAAAAAUCAGCAGAUGUGUCGUGUCUCUACCCCCAUUGUGUCUUUUAUUAGAGUUGGAAAUGGCUUCUCUGCCUCCAAAUCUCAGAUCAUGAACUGUCUUCUCAGUAAAAGGAAACAUGAUGUCUUUUUUCACCGACAUUGCAAAGGGAGCAGCACAGACUGUCUCUUGAUGGGAGGUGUGGUGGAAGUUGCCUGGUUUUGUCCUGGGGGUGAAGAUCAGGACAGGUUUGACAACUGCCUGACCUUCAUCAAUCUUCAUGGCGAUGCAAAGGAACAUGAGAAGCAACUUGCCUUUUUGCAGGAGGUCUCUUCUCUCAUUGUGGUCCUCAUGUCAACUUCUGAUGACAAUAAAGAAACACGAAAAAUUGUCCGUGACCUGUGUCAGAAAUCAAAAACUUUAAUCUGUUUGCUUGAUGAUAAAGAAAAACCCAUGGUAAAUAACUCUGGCCCAAGAGUAAGAAUUGGGAUCAGGAACAGAAAUGAGGCAGAAUUAAUAGAGGAGCUCACAACUACAAUCAGACGUUUGUUAGAGCUUUCUGACACUGCACUCAGCUUGGAGAACUGUGCCCAAAUUGCUCGCAAGCAAGGAUUGCUUAUUGAUGAAGACCAGAGAGAAUGCAAGGAGGCCAAAGAAAAGGCAGAGAUUCUAAUGGCCCUACUGGGAGAAAUGGAAAUACCUCAGAUGAAGGAAAAUUUACUACCCCUUCAGGGAAAACUGUGGCAACUUUGGUGUAAAAAGGACAAAGAACUCUAUCAUCUGAGAGAAAAAGGGAAUCGAAGCAUUGAACAACACAAGAGUGAGAUUGAGACAGAUAAACAAAGGAUACGAUGUCAACAGUUGAGAAAAGCCUUUCCUCUCAACGAUUUAAUGCAUUCUGUCCUUGAAAUUCUCCAAAAUCAUUCAGAAACUCAAACCAAACUCUACUUCUUGCAAUGGCUGAGUGUGUUUUUAGAUAAUUUGACUGCAGGACACGUGGAAAAACUAAAUGAGAAGAAAAAGGCAUUGUGGUCACUGGUCCAAAAAGAAAAGAAAGAGGCACCAAAGAGCAACUCUCUGAAAGGCUCGCAAAAUGAGAUAGAAGUUAUCUCCAGAGAGAUUAGUGACUGCACCUUGGGAAUUGAGCAACUUCUCAGAGAAGUUGGCCAGAUCUAUGAAGCUCUGGCAGAAGCUUCAUCCAUGAAAGAUACCCUAUUUCUCUCCCUUCCCCACAUUGCUGCAGAUCUGAUGCUAUCUGGUUUUCCCAUUGAGCUGAUGGAUGGGGACGCUUCUUAUGUGCCCCUGAGGUGGGUGGCAGCUGUUUUUGACAAGGUCUCUGAGAAACUUGGAAACAAACGGCUCUUUGUUCUCUCUGUCCUUGGCCUGCAGAGCUCAGGGAAGUCCACCCUGCUGAAUACACUUUUUGGGCUGCAGUUCACUGUCAGUGCUGGGAGGUGUACCCGGGGGGCCUACAUGCAGCUUCUGAAGGUGGAGGAGACAUUCGCAAAGGAACUUGGCUUUGACUUUGUGCUUGUUGUGGACACAGAAGGACUUCGGGCCCCAGAACUCAGCAACAAGUCCCAGAAUCGUGACAAUGAGUUGGCAACCUUUGUCAUCGGACUUGGAAACUUGACUCUGAUCAAUAUUUUUGGGGAAAAUCCAUCAGAAAUGCAAGAUAUUCUACAAAUAGUUGUCCAAGCUUUUCUGAGAAUGAAACAAGUAAAAAUCUCGCCAAGUUGCCUCUUUGUUCAUCAGAAUGUGGGAGAAGUUACAGCUAAAGACCAAACUAUGGAAGGACGAAGGCGGCUAGAGCAGAGACUGGAUGAAAUGGCAGCAACAGCAGCUGAAGAAGAGCAGUGCUCAGAUGUAACCCGCUUUCGUGAUGUCAUUAAGUUUGAUGUUAAUACCCAUGUCUACUACUUUGCUCACCUCUGGGAUGGCAAUCCCCCAAUGGCCCCUCCCAAUCCUCGUUAUAGCCACAAUGUCCAAGAACUGAAAAGCAGAAUUCUUGUGACUGCCCAACAGGAAUCUAGGGGAAGCAUCAUGAAGAUAUCAGAUGUAAAAUUCCGAGUUCAAGAUUUAUGGAGAGCCCUAUUGAAUGAAAACUUUAUUUUCAGUUUCAGGAAUACCCGAGAGGUCAUGGCCAUGAGCAAACUGGAAACCAUGUAUAACUACUGGACAUGGGAGUUGAGGAGUCAUGUGCUGAACAUACAGGACCAGCUGAUCAACCAGAUUCAGAAUGAAAAAAUCCAGACACUCGAAACACACACACUUGAGGCUCCAGUUACAGAGAAAUAUGAAGCCAUCAAGCAAGAACUUGAAAAAUAUUUUAAUGAAGACCCAGAUAGUGAAGUGCUGGUACAGUGGAAAGGAAAUUUUGAAAAUAAGCUAAGAAUCCUUAAAGAGGCAUUCAUUUUAGACAGCCAAAGAAAAGCCAAAGAACUUCUUAGUUUUAAAAAGAAUCAAGAAAAACUACAUAACAAAAAAUCAGGUUAUGAAAAGGAAUUAUUGGAAAAAAGCCGAGAGUUGGCUUUAACUCUAAAGGGUACCCAAUUGAGUGAGGAAGAGCUACGUGAGAAAUUCAACCCACUUUGGAGUAAAUGGGUCUAUGAUUUGUCCUCAACUCACCCUCUAAUCACAGAGCCUAAAAUUGAAGUGGAUUCUGAAAACAUCCUUUUGGAUUAUUUCAAAAAGGAGAAAGACAUGGCAAGCAUACUGAGGAAAAAUUCUGGAGAAAACUUUGAAAUCAAAUAUGACAAACAUAUCAAAAUGAACAAGAAAUAUUUGAACUUAGUUACAAUGACAUUAGAGGCCCAGGAUAAAGAGUCCAUAAAUAUGACUACUAACCGCAUUGUUUCAAAAGUUAAUGAAAUUAUUAACAACAUUUGUAGGCAAAAGCAUGAUUACAAUCCAAGUUAUUUCUAUGAAAUCCUGAGAAUAAUAGAUGAGGAGGUGAAAUCUGCACCCACUAAGGAAAGAUACACAUUUACAAGAAAAUAUGAAAUAGACUUAUCCUUGUGUUUAUUCCAAAGAGCAUCAAUGAAGUUUCAUGAUAUGCACAAGGUAUUCAAGAGAGCAAAUGAUCCUGUAAACUAUCUGGAAAGCAAGAGAGAUGAUUUCUUCAUGAGUUUUAAGAUCUCUUGUCAGGGAGCAACCUCAAUUAAAACAUUUGUUGAUUUUCUGUGGCACAAACUCACCACUGCUGUCUCCAACACCAUAAAGAAAAACAUGGCCCGCAAAAUUGCCGGGGACAUGCAAGCCACCUGCCUGGCAUUCAAUGGAAACAGGGCUAACCUGGAGAAACACAUUCUCAUCUCUCUGGCAGAAGAGGAAAAUUUUGAUAAUUAUUGGCAGUACCUUCAUAAUCCGGAAUCAUUUUUUAAGAAUUACAUUGAAAACCACAUUAAAAGAUAUUGCUCUGACAAAGGAAGUGAAAAAAUGAAGAUAUUUUUAAAAAUAAGUUCAGAUGAAAUCAAGAAUGCCAUCCUCUCAGCUAUUCAGGCAUCCACAGCAGUAGCUAAAGAUAAAAGCAGCACUGUGUCUGGGUGGUUGGAUUUGUUCUGUGAUCACCUGGGGAGUAACUUGAUCUUUCCACGAAAAGACUUGAUAAGCAUUGAACACCAGGAGAUAAAAGAUAUUGACUUUCUCAAAGAAGCCAUGAGUAAAGCUUUGCAUCCUGAAAUGAAGAGAGUAGAACAGAAUGAUUUGUAUACGCUUGUAGAAGAAAUCGUUCCUGAAAUCCAGAAAAUGCUCACUGAACAUCUCUGUGGCUGCUGGAAGCAGUGUCCCUGCUGUAGUGCAAUUUGUACAAACACAAUCCCUAUGCAUGAUGGAGACCACAGUGUUCCCUUCCAUCGUCCACAGGCUGUCAGUGGAGGAUGGUGGUACAAAACAGACCAUUUUGUCAUUGAUUGCUGUACCAGUAUGGUAGCAAGUGAUUGUUUUUUGGUUUUGGGAGAUGGCAGGAAAGUCCCAUUUAAGAACUAUCGACAGGCAGGAGGGGAAUAUGCCAGGUGGAGUAUCACCCCAGACACAUCCACCCAGCCAUACUGGAAAUGGUUUGUCUGUCACUUCAGAUUAAAGCUACAAGAAAAAUAUCUCAAAAGAUUUACAGAUAAAGGUAAAAUUCCUGAUGCAUGGAACAAAAUCAUAAAACAGGAUGUGCUUAAUGACUUGAAAAAAAAUUAAUACUCAAUGACCACAAAACAGCCCCAGUAUCUGAACAAAGGAGGCACAUUACCUGAGGAAGCCUAAAAUAUCACCCACUCAUAAGGAAAACCUCCCUUAUAUCAAUUUUUUUCAAUUGAAACAUCUAAAACUAAAUCAGUUGACAGCAAGAGUUGAAGACUUGCUAAGAACUUCAUUUUUCUUUGCCUCAAUUCCUUUUGCUUUAAAAACAGAUUACUAAAAUAUAUGAGUACAUGAUAAAAUCAAAUAAAAUCCAUUUAAAAUACCUACUUCAUAUUUUAAACUAUUCUGAAUGUUAUUUUUUAUUUUUAAAAUAUAAUGUUAUUUAAAAUCACAAGAAAGUCAUCUUCAUAGAGAGAUGUUAAAAUCAUUGCAGACUGCCACAAAUUCUAUAGAAUAACUAUAUAGUUUAACCAAUAUACAGUUCUUGACUGGAAUCUACAAAUUCUCUUCAGUUCUAAGUUUAUUUUUUUUACCCUCAGAAAAUUGUGAGGAAGAGUUAUUCAUGCCUGAAUGCAAAAACAUUCAUGGAAAAUUCAUGAUUCCCAAUUCCCAAAUAUAGUGCUUUUUAGGGAUAUCCUGUUAUAGGAAAUGAAAACAAAACAAAACAGAAACUUGACCAGGAUAGAGCCUGCAUCAAUUCUGGAAACAUUAUUCAACAAAUAUGGAAAAUAGAAGUUAAAUAACUUUUUCUUAUUUAACCAUCAUCCUCUUCUUCCCUGGUGCCUUGGCACUUGCCUGUGUAUGUUUUUUUAAAAAGGAAAAGAAAAAAUUCACAGGAGCUUAGGUAUUCAAAGCCUAGAGCUAUGUACAAGUCUAAGAAGUUAAUGGAACAAGAUUUAUGACCAGGUAAAAAGGGCCAUUUUAAUCAAGGCUGUGGACAAGGUCAAAUUUGAUUAAGCCAUGAUCAUUUAAUCAUUAAUGAUUAAAAAAAACUAUUCCUUCAAGACUAAAAUAUCAAAAAAUAUAUAGUUUUGUGUGGUGAUAUUUCAAUAAGAGAUGCUUUUUACGUAUUAAAAGGUAAGAAAAUGCUUAUCUCCAAAUCAGGCACCCUUGUGACUUUUCACAGUAUUUGAGCCAUAAUAGGGUCAUGAUCAGAAAUAAAAAUGAAGAACAUGCUGAAGCCAACCAAGGAUCUGAGAGGGUAAGGAAAUCUCCCUUCUGCAAACUUUUACCUUCUAAAGCAAUGACUUUUGCUAGGUUCUCAAAGCUGAUGAUCUGAAGGAAUCCUGAUGCAAAAAAAAGGAUUAUUCAUGCCUGACAUAAGGGUAUCCAUUGGCUUCCAUUUCAGGGUACACUGUCUACCCCUCCAUAGCCAGUGAAAACAGACAGUACAAAGAGCAGUCAAAGGACUUGGAUCUUCAGAGCUGGGAGACAGGAGUGUUCACUCUGCUAUCUUUGUGCCCCAGGGCUUCAAGCAUACUCUCAGUUUCAGGUCAAAUGACCAUGUUUCCAGAGGAAAUCCGGGAACAGAAAAACUAUAUGGAAAACAGGUGUUCCUGGACAGUAGGGUUUCCCUUUUGUUCUCUAAAAAAAUACCUCACUGAGAGUUGGAACUAAUAGGAUAAAGUUGAAAUAGUGAUAAAAACAGAACCCAUGAAUAUAGCACCUGUCUCUGACAUAGCUGCAUCCUUGAUAACUGCAAUGUUAACAUUUGCUGAAUGUCUUUCAUAU